GUCGACUAUUUCCGCAUAUGUAUGCAACUUUGUUCAUUUGCUUGCUCAUUUCUGCACUCACACAGAAGAUCCAAGCGAGGUGCUGCGUCAUAAUUGGAGGGUCAGGGGGUUCUUCCGGCUCAUCGGGUGGCUCUGGUGGUGGUCUAUUUGGUGGUCUUUUCGGUGGUGGAGGAUCAAACCCCCUCAUGCAGUUGUUCACGCUUGGUGGAUUGUUGCCACGUCUCUUCGGAUAAGGCAAAAAGUGUAGUUUGUCAGCAACCAUUGUGCAGUUAUUAGAACAUGUAUAUCAAACACCUCCUUAUUGUUUUUAUUCUCUUGCGGCA